UACGGGAUGCUGCGAGUCCGGAGUACUAGAUUCAGUCGUACGCUUGGCUCCCUCCUGUCGCCGCCGUUGUGCUCGCGUACGCUCUUCUCGCGCACGAUCCUCGUUAAAAGCGUCCGCGUGUCGCGACCACCAGCCAAUCUUCCACCGACCCAUCCGUCACGCGUCUUCACGUCUUCGUCCCUUCUCCACGUCUACCCCCGCGUCUCGCCUGUGUGCUUUCCAUGCGUCUACGUUUUCUCUGUUCGUCGACCCCUUUCCGAACCGGCGACCUUUUUGAUCGCCGUUUCACGUAAACGAAAAAACGAGACACGACGUCGAUCUCCGUCCAAGGAGAUCCUAUUCCUAGUAUCCAGCUGGAAAUCGAAGCGGAGUCAGCAGUAUGGGGAUUCUCACGUGAGAGGCGUGUUCCGGGGUGGUCCACGAGAGAAAAGAGGAAUCCGAGGAAGGGACGAAAAGGAAAAAAAAAAUAGAGGGGGCGACUCGCGGACGAAUUAAUAAUGCCGCGCGAGAGGAGCGCGGAGGAUCGGCUGAACUUUACUCACAGGGGAUCACACAAUAAUCCCGGAAGAAGACAGAAGUGAAGCUGUAACGAUGGGGGUGUACGUAAUAGGUUUGAUCGGCGUGGUCGUGUUUUAUGUGUUGGUGUUGGGUGUUGGCAUUUGGGCAGGCACUGUGAAGAAGAAAAAGUCACGUCAUGGCCAAGAUGCAAUGAUAUUGGCGGAUCGUGGUUUAGGCCCGAUCCUAGGUAUCUUCACUUUGAUCGCCACGUGGGUUGGCGGCGCCUACGUGAACGGGACCGCUGAAUUGAUGUUUACCAGAGGAUUGGCCUGGUGUCAAGUGCCCUUCGGUUAUAGCCUCAGUCUACUGUUCGGUGCGGUGUUAUUUGUACGACCAAUGAGGAAAGCGGAGCAUGUGACUAUGCUGGAUCCUUUUCAAGAGAGAUAUGGCGCCGGGGUCGGAGGACUGUUGUUCCUUCCUGCUCUGUGUGGUGAUUUGUUCUGGUGUGCUGCGGUGCUGAGAGCAUUGGGAAGCUCGUUGGCUGUAGUGGCUGGCGUGGAGCCGGAGAUCAGCAUUGUCGCCUCUGCGCUCUUGGCAGCCGUGUAUACCGUAUUCGGCGGACUGUAUUCCGUCGCGUGCACCGAUGUAUUGCAGUUAGCGUGCAUUGUAAUCGGCUUGGGAGUGUCUGCUCCAUUUUCCGCUCUUCAUCCUGCUGUUUCUUUCGAGAAGAACCUAGCACCGCACGAAUGGCUGGGAGAAAUUAAGAACGAGGACCUGGGCGAGUGGGUAGAUUGUAUGCUGUUGUUGGUAUUUGGCGGUAUACCUUGGCAGGGCUAUUUCCAAAGGAUCCUAAGUAUGCGAAGCACAUCAAUAGCAACGGCUCUAUCGAUAGCGUCGAUGUUUGGCUGCAUGAUUCUCGCGUUUCCAUCAGCUUUAAUUGGUGUGGUAGCACGAGCCACUGAUUGGUCAUCCGUAGAAGGAUUUAACAAGAGUAUAAUAGCACAUGAUGGGAAUGUGUUGCCGAUUGUUCUUCGAUACCUAACGCCGCAGUGGGUCUCCUUUGUCGGUUUGGGCGCCAUUUCUGCAGCAGUGAUGUCGUCAGCAGAUUCAAGUAUAUUAGCCAGCAGUUCCAUGUUCUCCAGGAACGUCUACAGACUCACAUUAAGGCCAAAGGCAACCGAGAGGGAACUGAAUUGGAUACUCCGGAUAUCUGUUGUCAUGAUCACAGUACUGUCGACUUUAAUAGCGCUCACGGUGGACAGCGUUUCCUAUCUAUCGUACUUGAGCUCUGAUCUUGUUUACGUGGUACUCUUCCCGCAAUUAUUAACCGUUAUCCAUUGGCCCUCUCUGGUCGACACUUAUGGAUGUCUCGCGGGUUACUUCGUGGCCGUUGUUUUACGUCUUUGUGGGGGAGAAAGAGGAUUGGGCGUGCCAGCUCUCAUCGAAUACCCUUUCUAUGACACGGAAACGCAAUCACAAAAAUUCCCAUUCCGCACCGGUGCCAUGAUCGUUGCUCUAUUUACCCAGCUCAUCACCAGUUUCUUUACAAGAAAUCUUCUUGGUAAAGGUUACUUUCCUCGAUGUUGCGAUGUUCUUAGUGUAUAUUCACCUGGGAAAUCGAAAGACCAAUCUGGAGUUGUACAGAGCAGCUCUGGUGCCGCUCUAAUGGAUACUUCCUCUGUCAAUAAAUCCACCUCUGGAAUGGACUCGUGCGAUGGGAUCGGACCCGGCAGCUACGACGACGACCGCACUACUUCCAAUUCAGUGGAAGACAUGACUGAUCGGGGAGACAGCGGGACCAUAGCCGCCGAUUCUUACGAAAAAGACACUACUAAGGUCAACAGCGUCGGAUCAGCCGUUCAAAAGGCAAACCAAAGCCUCCAACAUCUUCAAACCUUAAGAAACUCCAUCCAUACGAGCUCGAUCAGCGGUAGACACACUCCAACCCCCAAUCAGUAUGCCCCUAUACAGAGCAACGAAGUGUCCAGAGGCCAAAUAUUAGGUGUACGAAACCUAAGGGGUUCCAUGGGUCAAAUGCUCUUACCAACUGAUCGGCCAACUAUACCUCCAAAUAACAAUGCAAGCAUAGUGAACGUGCCAACGAAUCCCACUGUAGCUACCCCUAUGACUCCGGGUCCUCAUUACACCAAACCUAACGAUGGAUCUUUGUUAAACGAUAAAACGAGAGAAAACGAAAGGAUCAGUAUCGUGGACAGAGGAAACACGGAAUUCAAUGUCCCAGAUAAUAUGUUGACUACCAUCAACGUUAAAAAGAACGUGAAGGGUGUAAAGCUAGUUGGUAUGGAGGGUGGCACCUUGAGGAGACCAUCGUUACAGGGCACUUUUUCACCGACACCGUCGGUAGAGCUUGUCCACAUCUUGGAUAGGAGACAGAGCAGUAGUUCGUACGGACCUGGAUCACUUUCUCCCGUUCCUAUGGGAGUAGAGGCGUGCAAAACCCAUGGAACAGCGUUAGAGGGACAGGGUGGAAAUGAACAUUGCAGGAUCAAAAGGGGCAUCGUCAGGCAUCAUAGCUUCAAUGACACUGGAGACCGAGCAUUAACGACGUUGGCUAGACAGCCAACGUAUCCAUCGAUGCCAUUGCGUCCUGAAGACUGUCGCAUGACUCUGGUGAAGAAAGAUAGAAGGACGUCGACAAUCGCGCGACACGGUUCAGUGACGACUGAAAAGGAGCUGAGCGGUUGCACGACCGGACUCGUCGUUUGUAGUCCUACUUACAACAUGUACAGCUCGGCUGUGAAGAAUUCCAACUACUUCGUGACCGACGACGAGGCGGUCAGCAGGUUUUAAAUUUGAAGGAAACGUAUAUUCGAAGGAAGCGAUAUAACGAGCUCGUAAAGUAAAAACGUGAAAUAGGUUCACCACGCCCAGGCUGGCUAAGAAUCAUAAUGGUAUAACUUAGCCCACUGUUAUUUUUCAUAAGCUAGUGUUUUACGUUUAUUAUUAUAAGGAAAUGAUUAUGUUUUUUCAAAUCAUGAAAAAGUACCAUGUGACAAAGAGUAAAGUUAGAACCUGACUUAAAGAUAUAAUAAGAACUGGAAUACGUAACUAAAUUUAAAUUCUCAAAACUUACGCUACUAUGAUUUUCACCUCGCUAAUUGAUCUAGCCGCAGUUAGGGUCGUACGUUAAUUUUUAUCAUUGUUAGCAAUUUAGUAAUGAAUGAAAAAAUUGGUACUUUUAAGAUAUAAUUUUGAAAUAAUUUACCGACUUUGUCAUAUCGCUUCCUUCAGGUAUAUAACAAGAAUCAUGAGCCAAAACGAGAGGACAAUCGAAUUUCGCCUGAUCAAGUCACAAGGCCGAUCGCGUCUUUUUACAAUCCUAUCUUUUUUUCUCUCGAACCAUUGUACAACUACCACUGCCCAACUUUUAUGACUUUUUUAGAAAAUACCCGUUUUUUAUGGAAAGAGCAAGGAGAUGCUUUCCUUAGCGCGUAGAUAGAUCUCUGGUCCCAUUCAUUCGCUUCAUCGAACAGAUCGUCCAAUUUUGAUAUAACGUCGUUUGUGGUAAUAAAGAAAUUAGUCGUGCUGAAAAAUGCUGUUUGCGAAGAUUAUGUUUCGCAAUAAUUUGCAAUGACUUUCAAGACUUUAUACUAAGUUCCAAAAGAGUUGCAAGAAAUAUUUGAAACUUUAAACUAUAUAUUUUUCGCUGAUACUAUUUUUAACAUAUUAAAAUUUCCUUAAUCACAUCAUUUCAAUUGUUUGAUGAGGGACAAAACAAAAUUGUAUUCGAGACCGCAGACGAUUCGUCCACUAAAAUUGAUCCUUAAAAACUUCAAGCUAACGGUAAGACUUCAGCCAGCGAUCGAUCAGAAAUUCGUAGAUCUUAGAUAAAAGCGAGACACGUUUCAAACGACGCUGCCCCUUUUGUAAAUUAAUUUAGUUAAUUCACAUCGACAUUGCACUUCACGAACUUCGUGAACGAACAUUUCGAUUCAUCACAAACGCGUUUCAAAAUAUGACUAUGAUCUUAUCCUUCGUCAUUGCUGUACUUAAUCUAUCACUCAGGAAUAUAGCUUACCUUUUAACGUUGAUUUUAUCAGAUUUAUCAGACGAACGUGAAAACAACCAUACUUUUCGAUUUUAUAUUUACACUAUAGGGAACAUCCCAUAAAACUUGUAACCUUUAUAUCUCAUCCUUACUCACCAGGGAUCUCCUCUCACCUUUUCACGGGUCUUUCUACGUACGACUGAUAAAUAAGAAAACACAAAGACCUCUAAUCGCACAGUUUCGGAGCAACAGAUCGUUCAAUAGUUGCUAUAAUCCAAGAAUUACUGUGCAUUCCUGCCGUGUAUUAUUUGUUUCUGUAAUCCAAUGAAAGACUAAAACUGUAUCUUUCCGUCGAGCUAUUUAUAUACCUUCUUGAAAUUCGAAAAAGCCUUAUGUGAUUCACAACACUCUCCCUACUUGGAGUCAAAGUAUCUAAACGAAUUUGAUCCGAAACGAAUUUUCGACUGUUUCGAGUAUUUUUGGUAUACGAGCGAUGAUUUAAAAUAAUUAUUGAAUGUUGAAAUACAACAUGCAUUGGUGUCAGAUGAAGAAAAAGUUCAAAAAGAUUAUUCUCGAAAAAAUACAGUUCUAGUCACCCAGGUGUUUAUUAGUCGUUAAAAAUCCCCUUCUCAGACUGAUUCAACCAGAGGAACCAAGUAACCCGUUUACGAAGCGAUUAAUUUUUGUACAAAAGAACACGUGCGAACAUCAUCUUUUUUGCGUGACUUUGUAUAGAUAGAGCGAUUGAUACGUUGAGGACCUUUGGCCAGUUCGUGUAUGAAGGGAAAGGAAAGAGGGGAACCUUCGAGAAACACGAUUAUGCAUUUAGAUAAUUACAGUAAGAGGUAGAUAAUAGACGAUUUAGCUGAUAAUACGGUGAGAAUUGGGGCACGCAGCUCCAUCACUUCUGAUGUCCAGUUCGAAAAGGAGGAAAGAGGAGGAAUGUGAGGAGCAGUAUAACUGUGAGAAAUAGAGGCAGCAGCAUGAGCUUCGCUACUCGAAGCCAUUUCGGUUUCGUUUCCAGCGUAAAGAAAAAUUUCAAGUUUCGAUAUACAAGGGCUACAACAAGUAUACGUAUACCAUUGUACUUAUAGCGCUUAUGUACUAAUUAAUUAGAUCCAUGUACAUUAAAUUUCGUAUCAUUUAGUAAUACUUGCAUGUAAAAAUUUGAUACCAUGGAAAUGAAAUGUAGGACCUGAUGCAUUGGGAAAUAAGGAUGCGUGCUAAUACUUCCGGUAGCCACUGUAUAUACAUCUCUUUCUGAACCGCUAAAAGUUAUCAUCGAAGGAAAUCACUAUCAUAAAUGAAUUUUUAUAGUAAAAUAUAUCGUUAUUUUAGAAAUCAGUGAAGUCGAACAAAUGCAAUUAGAUGUUUUAUUCCUAUUUAUUUAUAUAUAUUUAUUAAAACAAAAUUCGCGUGACGAUUUGCGGAAAUUCAUGAACAUCUAAAUAGUUCAAUUUGAAAUUCCAACAUUGUAUGUCAAUUAAAUUUCUACUUUAAUGUCCAAAUAUACAUACAUAUGUAUAUAGGUACACCCUUAAAUUUUCUGCAAUUCUACAGUUUUGCAUCUGCAUAAAUCUAUCCUGAAGUUUUACUAAAUUUUAGAAUCUUUUGCGAUUUCUGUAUAUUUGUAUUACUAUAUAGACAUACGAAUUCUUAAAUUCCUUAAUUUAUCUUCACAUUACUGAAAAGCUGUAUUUCGAAUUAAUCGUCUACUCAAAAAGAAAGAGAAAAGGAAACGUUAUUUUUCUCUUAGCCGGAAACGGGUCAGGGAUUGGGUAGGUGGAGGGGAAAGGGGUAUGUCAAGGGUUUCCGUUGCUCAACCUACUUUUUCGUACUCGUGAGGGAAGGUUAAGCUGCUGGAUAUAGAACGUCCAAUGUAUUACGUGCAAAUUUAUGAUAUUCCGACGACGAAGAAUAACGAUAUUUUUCCACCGAUUAUACGUCUAGUCUUGUAGGAUUAAUAAACCGUAAACUGUAGUUGUACAAUUAUAUAUAUAUAUUAUAUAUAUUAUAUAUAUUAUAUAUGUAUAUAUAUUAUAUAUAUAUAUACAUACACAUGGAGGUUUCUCUCUAUAUUAUAACCAAUGUAACGAUAGCGAGAAUUACAAUGGUACAGAACCUCUGUUGGCUCAAUACCAUAUGCGGCAAACAAACAAUUUUUCGUAGAAUAAACAAUCACCCAACACGCUUCCAGUCCUUUGCACGGUAUCGUGUAAUAUCAUGCUAUUUUUCUUAAGAAAUUGUAAGACGUAGAAACCUGUUUAAUUAUCGUAUCGUUUGGAGAGCGAAGCGACGAUUAAAGCGGUUCCAUAACUAACUUCUCUACAGAUUCUGCUAUUUUAUAUCAAUUAUUAUAUUAUUUACAGGGAGGAAAUACUUAUUGUGUGAUUAAUUUCAUUCACUGAUUUCAUACAGAUUGGUGUUAAUUGAGAUUCUAAUGCAGACAAAAAUGUAAGUGGAAGAAGUAGUUAAGUAGAUUAUUGGUCAGACCAAACAGCAUUACAUACUUAUACAUACUUAUAGUACGAGCAAGAAAUGGAUCAGACGAUUGAAACUGAACUAUCGAAAACUGUGAGAAUUGAAUUUAAUUUUCUUAUAUCCAGAAUUUUAAAAAAAUUCAAAUUUCAAAUCCAAAAUUAAAUAAAUAUCGAACGAUAAUUUUCUUCUUCCUGAUACUUAUAUACUAGUCUGCAAGAGAAUCUUAAUUAAAGUCUUCUAGUAUGUAAUUUGUUUCUAUAAUAUUUCAUAAUCUACUUUUUCAUUUCCUAAUAUUUUUUCCAAAAUCUUCAUCCUUUUCAUUGAAAAUUUUAAUAUAAUUCGUUAUUUUAACGUAUUUGUUACUUAUUCUUAUUUAUUUUUCCUUACAUCGAUUAUUUCUUUCUUCGCUUAGAACGUCAAUUUCCGUACUUUUGUAAAAUCGAUGAUUAGAAGCUUACAAGCGCGAGAUAAACGUCGAAGACCUAUAUCAGUAUUAUUAAAACGUACGAAAGAGAGUUCGAAAGGUAACGAUCGAUUCCUGGAGGAUAGUCUCGUGAAAGGCCACUGCGGUCUUUCGUAGUGAACUUAAUCGUUAAGGCAGAAUUAUUUAUAGUACACUAUUCACACUAUGUAUUUGUGAUCUUCCAAGAUACAUAAGGUAUUAUUACGAUUUCACUUUAUUUUUUCAGUUUCAUCGUUUAAAUUUUAAUCUCUUAAAUUUAAGUUAUUAAUAUCAAAUUAGCUCAAAUAAUAUUUAAUAAAUUUCAACGAUCAUUUUAUCAAUCUUAAUAUUAUUAAAAUUGUCUUUAGUUUUUAUUAUUAAAAAUGUUCUAUAAUCAGUAACAUUAUUAAAAUUUUUAUAAAAAGUUUUUCGUAGAUGUAGUUCAAUUAAAAAUUAAUAAUCUGCAAUUCAAAUCUACGACAAUAAGUUCUUUUCUUUUAUAAGAUUUUCAAAUACAUAGUUAAGACAUAGUGAGUAGCCUUCCUCCUUUCUUGUUUAAGGUUCAAGUACAUUUUCCAUUAACAUUUAGCUUUAUAUCAUGUAUCGUCACGUACUGAACUGUAAAACGAGUACGAGAGACAUUUCUUUCGAGUUGAGGACACAACAAAUGUUUGUGUUGAAACGUGAAUCACGUGCCAAAUUGUAGGAUAAAUGAAGGUGUAUUACACACAACGCUCGUGAUACCGACACACGAGCGAUUAUAUAGGCUUACCUUAAUUUAAGGACCGUUUAUUACGAUACGAUCAUCCCGAUUCCAAGCCUUAUUGGGCAUAAUUAAACAGUUGUUUAACUUAAACACUUAAUUCCAUCUCUAUCGAAAAGAAUAAAUUUCUAUACAUCUUUA